AUAUAACUCCACAUCCCAAGCAGGUACUUCAGCACAACUCAAAACACAUUCUGAACACCAAAUGCAAAUACUAUCCCACAAAAUGCAAUCUUCCUCAACACCUCUGCUCUACCUCCACAUACUGAUCUUGCCAUGCCUUCUUCCCUUGCAAGUACAUGCAGUGCGUCAUGGGGGCAUAUCACUGAGGUCUCAGCAGACAGCGCUCCUCCACUGGAAAUCUACUCUCGACAGCUUGUCGCCAUGGAUGAGCUCUUGGCAGCACCAUACCAGGCCGUGCAAUUGGACCGGCAUCUUGUGUACGCCUGUGCGCCAUGGACGCCGCAGGCCCUGGGUCGUGACCAACAUCUCCCUCCCAGAUGCCGGCAUCCAUGGCCAGCUCAGUGAGCUCAACUUCUCAGCUCUCCCAUUCCUCACAUAUAUUGACCUCAGCAACAACAGUCUCUAUGGUCCAAUACCUGGUAAUGUCAGUCCAUUAUCAUCACUUCAGUAUCUCAACUUGAGCUUCAACCUUUUAAGUGGGAAAAUACCUGCAUCAUUGUGUAACCUAACAUCGUUAAAACAGAUUGUUAUUCACCAAUCCAUGGUCUCAGGACACAUUCCAAAGGAGAUAGGAAGGCUUGUCAGCCUGCAGGUUCUACAAGUAAGUAACAGUACCUUAAGCGGUGAUAUACCCACAACCCUUGGAAAUCUGACCCAGCUAAAUUCUUUGUUUCUGUUUGGUAAUGAGUUGUCUGGGCCUAUACCCACGGAAAUAGGCAAGCUCAUUAACCUGCAAGAUCUUGGACUCAGCAGUAAUAAACUUACGGGUGCAAUCCCUGUCUCUUUAGCCAAUCUCACUAAGAUCACCAUACUUUAUCUACAUAAAAAUCAAAUUACAGGUUCCAUUCCACCAGAACUAGGCAAGCUCGUCAGCUUGCAAAUUCUUGAUCUCGGCAAUAACGAGCUCACAGGUCCCAUACCCAUAGAACUUGGCAUCCUAUCAAAUCUCCAGAUUUUGAGCUUGUAUACCAACCAAAUCUCUGGUUUUAUUCCAGCCAGCUUAGGAAACCUUAGCAACCUCCAACAUUUGUCUUUGCAAAUGAAUCAACUUUCUGGCUCAAUACCAAAAACUUUUGGCAACCUGCAAAACAUCCAGUAUCUGCUCAUCCACACUAACCAAUUAUCAGGUUCCCUUCUUCAUGACAUUGGAAACCUCACAAGCAUAGUUAUCCUUGACCUAACUAAUAACUACCUUUCUGGACCUUUGCCUGCAAAUAUAUGUACGGGUGGCAAACUCCAAUUUCUCCUGCUCGCUUUUAACAUGUUAGAUGGCCCUAUUCCGAGCAGCUUGAAGACAUGUACAACCUUGAUUCGACUUCGCCUUGAAGGAAACCAAAUAACAGGAGAUAUAUCAGAACAUUUUGGUGUGUAUCCACAACUCGUGAAAAUACGAUUGGCAUCAAAUAGGCUCUCUGGGAAAAUCUCACCGAAUUGGGGUGCUUGUCCCCAACUAGAGGAACUACAUUUAUCAGAAAAUUCUAUCGGUGGCCAAAUACCCUCUGCUCUUUCUAAAUUGUCCAACCUGGUUGAACUAAAACUCGAUUCUAAUAAUCUCAGUGGUGAGAUACCUCAUGAAAUUGGUAAUUUAACAAAUCUGUAUAGCCUGAAUUUAUCACUAAAUCAGCUAUCCGGAUCCAUACCAUCACAGUUGGGAAAGCUGAGAAAUUUAGGAUCCCUUGAUAUAUCUGGUAACAAUUUAAGUGGACCAAUACCUGACGAACUGGGAGACUGCAUCAAGCUACAGUACUUGAGAAUUAAUAACAACAACUUCAAUGGGAAGUUGCCUGGUGCAAUAGGAAAUUUGGCAAGCCUUCAGAUCAUGUUAGAUGUUAGCAAUAACAAACUCAAUGGUGUCUUGCCACAACAACUCGGAAAGUUGGAGAUGCUGGAAGUUCUGAAUUUAUCCCACAACAUGUUCAGUGGACGCAUUCCACCCUCCAUUGCCAGCAUGCUGAGCCUAUUAACGCUUGAUGUGUCCUACAACAACUUGGAAGGACCAGUCCCAGAAGUACUUCUACAUCAAAAUGCUUCAGCUAGCUGGUUUCUCCACAAUAAAGGCCUGUGCGGUAAUCUCUCUACCUUGCCAUCAUGUUAUUCAACUCAAGUAUCUGGUCGCCCUAAAAGAAGGCUACUUGCUUUGCUGCUUCCAAUUGUCCUUGUUGUGGGUUUCACCAUUCUUUCUACAAUUGUAAUUAUUAUGAUCCGUGCUCAUAACAAGAGAAAGCCCCAAGAAAGUGUUACUAGAAACGCAAGAGACAUGUUCUCUGUUUGGAAUUUUGAUGGAAGACUUGCAUUUGAGGAUAUCAUCAGGGCAACUGAAAAUUUUGAUGACAAGUACAUCACUGGAACAGGAGGAUAUGGCAAAGUAUACAAAGCACAACUACAAGAUGGACAGAUAGUUGCUGUGAAGAAGCUUCAUCCCACUGAAGAAGAGAUGAAUGAUGAAAGAAGAUUUUCACACGAAAUGGAAAUCUUAUUGCAAAUUCGACAGAGAAGCAUUGUCAAGUUUUAUGGAUUUUGCUCCCAUCCAGAGUACAAGUUUCUUGUAUACGACUACAUAGAGAGGGGAAGCCUUCACAUGACCAUGGAAAACGAGGAGUUAGCUAAAGAAUUGAACUGGCAAAAGAGAUCAACUAUGGUUAAAGAUGUGGCUCAAGCGAUAGCUUAUUUGCACCAUGACUGCAAUCCACCAAUAAUCCAUCGAGAUCUCACAAGCAACAACAUCUUGCUCGAUAGAACUUUCAAGGCUUAUGUCUCGGAUUUUGGCACAGCAAGGAUUUUGAAACCGGAUUCAUCAAACUGGAGUGCGCUAGCAGGGACUUAUGGCUAUAUAGCUCCUGAGCUAUCCUACACAUCUAUUGUCACAGAGAAAUGUGAUCUUUAUAGCUUUGGUGUGGUUGUCCUCGAGGUAGUGAUGGGGAAACAUCCAAGAGAUCUUCUGCAUCACCUCACAUCAUCAAGGGAGCAUUCUAUGGAACUUGAGGAAAUCCUUGAUCAGCGACCAGCGGCACCAACCACAACAGAAGCGAAAGACAUAGCUCUCCUAAUGAAGGUGGCAUUUUCUUGCCUGCAAGCUUCUCCACAAGCAAGGCCAACAAUGCAGGAGGCAUACCAGGCCCUUAUCCAUCAGCAGUCUUUUUGUUCUUCCCAAGAUAUUUCAGUAUAGAGCUGUCAUACACAUAUGUUGUGACAGAAAAAAAUCUGACGUCUACCGCUUUGGUGUGGUUAUCCUAGAGGUGGUGCUGGGGAAGCAUAAAAAAGAUCUUCAUCACCUUGCAUUAUCAUCACAGUUUACAGGAGCAGCAUUUGCUGCUUAAGGAAGUCUUGGACCGACGAUCUCUACUGCACGCCGACUACAUCAGAAGAGGAAGACAUAGUUGUCCUCGUGAAGGUGGCAAUUUCAUGUCGCAAGCAUGUCCCCAAGAAUGGCCAACAAUGCAAGAGGCAUACCAGACACAUAUCGAUCAUCAGUCUUCAAGUUCCUUCCGAAGACAUUUCAGUGUAGUUACACCAGAUGAGCUCAAGGAUGCAUACUUAAGAGAUUAGUUGUUGCUCAAACAUUUCUUGAGUAUGCAUCCGCCGACUAUCUUUAUUUUUAGCAAUGAAAUCUUAAAAAAUUCACUUGUACUUGCACUAGAUGAGUCAUGCAAAAUGUGAUUUUGUUUUCUUUGUAC